AUGGCUCUUCCCAACGCCCACGAUGUCCAGUCUCCAGAGCACUUUCAGACACUACUCUCCGAGGACCUCGGCCGCGUCUCGCUCAUCAACUUCUGGGCACCAUGGGCCGAGCCUUGCAAGCAGAUGAACGAGGUCGUGCUGGAACUCGCGCGUAAAUACCCUCAAGUGCUCGUGCUCCAGGUCGAAGCGGAGACGCAGGCAGACAUCGCCGAGUCCUUCGAGGUCGAGGCCGUCCCGACAUUUGUCAUCCUCAGGGGCCACACGCUCCUCGGCCGCAUAUCCGGCGCGGACGCCCCCGCGCUCACCCAAGCCCUCGCUGACCACGCCCGCGCCCCGUCCUCGCUCCUGCCGCAGUCGCACACGGACCGCGCGCCCGCCGCGCCCGCCGACGACGCGCCGCCCGAGUCCGAGUCCGCGGAGGCGCUCGCGGCGCGGAUGCGCGCGCUGAUGACCCAGGGCCCCGUCGUGCUCUUCAUGAAGGGCUCGCCGGACGCGCCCCGGUGCGGGUUCUCGCGGCGCAUCGUCGCGCUCCUCCGCGACCAGGGCGUCGGCUCCUUCGCGCACUUCGACAUCCUCCAGGACGACGCGGUGCGGCAGGGCCUGAAGGAGCUGAACCGCUGGCCGACGUUCCCGCAGCUGAUCGUCAACGGCGAGUUCGUCGGCGGGCUCGACGUCGUGACGGAGAUGGCGGAGAACGGGGAAUUGAAGGAGAUGCUCCAGGGCUGA